CCGGACGCAUGUAAGAAACGAGGACGGCAAACAUACACUCGGCAACAAACGCUUGAACUCGAAAAGGAGUUCCACUACAACAAAUAUCUCACAAGAAGGCGACGAAUUGAACUGAAUCGAAGUUUGGGACUAUCCGAGCGCCAAAUCAAGAUCUGGUUUCAAAAUCGUCGAAUGAAGCAGAAAAAGGAGAACAAAUCGCAAAACGAGCAUCGUAGUGAUUGUGCCUAG